GGCUCAGUCAUGACUUACAAAUAGAAAUCAGAAAGUAUAUGACGGCUCAAAAUAUUUGUGUUCGCUCCUAUCUCAUGGUAUCGCCAUAAAUCCUCUGAAUAUUAUAGCCGUUGUUUUAUUUGGCAUGGUAAUACAAAAGUUACCCUGCACUGCCGACAUUUUUAUUGAAUGUAACUUCCAAAAUGCCUGAUUUUCCCUCUCACGCUUCCGCAUACCUCUCACCCCGACCCCUCCAUCCAAAACACCCAGCGAUCACCGAAUACUCACUUACCGGAGGUUUGAGUAAUGCCCCUACAUCGUCUCCCUCUUCGCAGACUCGCACUCAGUCCCCUGGCGGCAGUAGCCACCACACGCACGACUACCUAGAAGCGGGCAGCCAAGCGCCAACCCCCGCUCUCUCACACUCCAUUAUCUCUCCCUCCUUCACCCCUCCGUCUACCCCUCACAGCCUCGAAAAUGCACACCUACCGGUUAAACCGGCGUCAUCGACGACGGAGUGCAGAGAUCGCUUGAUCAAUGCCAAACCGCCCAAAUUGCUUCCACGGCUACCCAAGGUCGAAUGUAUUGUUCGUGCCCGCAUCCCGACGACGACGGGUGCGGAAAUGUUCCUGCAUCUCUAUCACAAUGAUGCGGAUAAUAAGGAGCAUUUGGCUAUUGUGUUUGGGAACUCAAUUCGGAGCCGGAGUUUGGAUAGGGUGCGACCCGGGGAAACGGAGAUGGAUCGCAUGAUUCGCGGGGCGUAUAUGGGGAGGUUGUAUCCUGGGAGACAGGAUAGCCGGUUUGAUGAAGGAAUGGGCGUUGGGAUAAACGUGCAGAGGGAGCCUUCAGCGGGUGGUGCGGAUUCCGCGAAGGAGGUGGUGAGUGGUGUGGUGCAGAGGAAUGAAAUGGCAGGGCAAAGGGAGCAGGUACCGGCACAAGCUCCUCUCGUCAGGAUACAUUCAGAAUGUUACACGGGCGAAACUGCCUGGUCGGCGCGGUGCGAUUGUGGAGAACAAUUAGACGAAGCAGCAAGAUUAAUGUCGGAAACGACUGCAUCACAAGAGCAAAGCCCUGGCGGCGUUAUUAUAUACCUACGCCAAGAGGGCCGUGGCAUUGGUCUGAGCGAGAAACUGAAGGCGUACAACUUGCAAGAUCUAGGGAACGAUACGGUCGAGGCCAAUCUUAUACUUCGGCAUCCUGCGGAUGCUCGCAGCUAUGGUUUGGCGACUGCCAUGCUUGUGGAUCUGGGGCUGGGAGUUGACUCGGCGAACAAUAGCGGGAUCCGGCUGUUAACGAAUAACCCAGAUAAAGUCAUGGCUGUCGAAGGCCCCAAUCGUGAGGUGAUCGUGAAGGAGAGAGUACCCAUGAUCCCGCUAGCAUGGCGGUCAGGUGGGCAGAAGGGGAUCCGGAGUACGGAGAUUGAGGACUAUCUAAGAACCAAAAUCGGGAAAAUGGGGCAUAUGCUUGAGUAGCCCUUUGUACAUCGUUUUGAUGGAGGAUCCACUUCCAGUCCUCAAAGAGUUUUUUUAUACCAUAGAAUUAUCCCUAUGCUCAUCUUUCCUGUUCCAUUAUUAUCUGAAAAUUUUCCUCAGUCUUAGUUUCCUUGAAUGAUUUUCUUUCCCCGAAUUAUGAAUGUCAUGGACAUAAUACGAUAUGAUACUUCUAUGUCCACUGAACACUUAUAAGGUUUAUUUGUUCAAUUACUUCUUUUUAUUUCGUGUUUCAUAUGGAUUCUCAUGUAUUUUUCUUAUGUGUUGAUCUUUUAAGCGCAGUUCCUAAAUUUGCCGUCUUGUACAGUACAUGUACUUUGAUGUUGUCUCAGUUUCUAACAUAUAGAUAUUAUUUUGUGAAUAUAUUCAUUUGUCUAUAUUUAUUGAGUACACGUGAGAGGCUACAAGUGAUGGGAAGCUGCAUUCCCUAUGAUUCUUUACCUUCUACCAUGCUUUGAAAUAUCUGAUGUGUUUCUGCUCUCUACAUACACUAGGAUUCAUUUUACACGCACACCUAGCUUCAUUGUGGCCCCAACCUGGAAUCGAUCGAAAAAUGAUCCAUCACAGUAAAAUUUCGUUGCACUUGAUUCUAAGUUUCUAAAACUUCAUAUAUCUUCACUAACUCGGCCUCAAGUCCAUUCCCAGAAUUUUUUUAGUUCACGGCUUCCUCCCCCUCGCAAAAAACAGCUUCUGGUUGGGAUCCGUCACAAAUGGUAACUGCAACUUCCAGUCAGAAAGGAUAACAUCUACAUCAACCAGCCCGGCACGGGUAAACAUGGCCUUAAUCAACUCGAGUGAGAAGGUAGGGUGCUCGUGAGAAAUGGUGUGCCCUGCAGGGCCGCGGGCAUGUGGAGCGUUGGCUGCAUCCGUAUGACCAUGGCCAUGACCGUGGCCGUGAGAGUGACCGCUAUGAUGAUUAUGGUGAUGAUCAUCAUGGUGAUGGUGAUUACUGCCCUUCCCCUCCCCAUCUUUCGCCUCAGAUUGCAACAAAUCAAUAGCCAAAAUCACACCGCCGCUCUUCAGUCUGUCAGCCAUCUUCACGAUGGCCGCCUUCGGAUUCUGCAUAUGGUGCAGCGCCAGGGCUACCCCGGCGAAAUCGAAGUUGAAAAACUCGUCACGGGAUAAGUCUGUUGCGGUGGCAUCUUCUCGCUUGGGCGGUUCUUGCGCCGACACGGGUGAUGAUAAGUCCCCCUUCACUGCGUACAUUUUCUCCGGCGAGAGACCUAGCUCGGCAGCGGCGUCGUUGUACUGCUUAACCAUGCCGGCAGCUAGGUCGAUGCCGACGCAUUUAGUGAAGAAGGGAUGGUAG